UAUGUCGUGUAGGGUGCUUGACUCAUGCCAUUGAUGGAGUCAAGAGGAUUUUAAAAACGCAAAGAGGCUUCAACAAUGUCUUUAUCAAUCGCUCGUUCAUUCUUGUCUGAGGCGUGUUAUGGCGAACAGGAGCUCGAUGCUAAUUCCGCUCUCAUGGAGCUGGACAAAGGACUUCGGUCUGGGAAGCUGGGAGAGCAGUGCGAGGCUGUUGUGCUCUUCCCAAAACUCUUCCAAAAGUAUCCAUUCCCCAUCCUCAUAAACUCAGCCUUUCUGAAACUGGCAGACGUCUUCAGACUUGGGAACAACUUCCUGCGUCUCUGUGUAUUGAAAGUCACACAACAGAGCGAGAAACAUCUGGAAAAGAUCCUCAACGUGGACGAGUUUUUGAAAAGGGUGUUUUCUGUCAUCCAUAGCAACGAUCCUGUGGCCAGAGCCAUCACACUCAGAAUGCUCGGCAGUUUGGCUUCCAUCAUCCCUGACAGAAAGAACGCCCACCACAGUAUUCGUCAGAGUCUGGACUCUCAUGAUAAUGUGGAAGUGGAGGCUGCGAUAUUUGCUGCUGCAAGCUUCUCAGCACAGUCUAAAGACUUUGCUGCUGGGAUCUGCAACAGAGUGAGCGAAAUGAUUCAAGCGUUAGACACUCCAGUGGAGCUGAAGCUCAAGUUGAUUCCCAUGCUGCAGCAUAUGCAUCACGACGCGAGUUUGGCGUCCAAUAGCAGAGAACUUCUCCAACAUCUAGUCGACUCUUACCCCUCAACCCCCAUGGUCAUUGUGACGCUGCACACCUUCACUCAGCUUGCUGCUUCCUCCCUCAUUGAUAUUCCCAAACAGCUGCAGCUCCUUCUUCAGUACCUGAAGUGUGACCCCAGAAGAGCGGUGAAGAGGUUGGCCAUUAGUGACCUGAAGCUUCUGGCUAAAAAGGCUCCUCAUCUGUGGAUCAGAGAAAACACCCAGACGCUGUGUGAGUGUGCGCUCAGCAGUCCAUACGAUGGCCUGAAGCUGGGAAUGCUGGCCGUCCUCUCCACUCUGUCUGAAACCAUCGCCAUUAAGCAGUACUUCAAUAAUUCAGCAGGUGGUACUUCUUCUCCCCCACGAAUCACCGAUUUGGUCAAAUUGGCGCAAGAAUGCUGUUACCAUAGCAACCUAGCAGUUGCUGCACAUGGCGUCAGGGUGCUCACGAACAUUGCAGUUUCCUGUCCAGACAAAGAUAUUGUUCAUCUGGAGCAGGACACCAUUUUGGGGGUGCAGUCUCUUCUGAUGCUCUGCAGUCAGGAUGAAAGCCCAAGUUCUCAGGCCACUCUCAAAAUGUCCUUGACCUCUUUGGUGAAGCUUCUCAAGAGUAGACCUCACCUCAGCCAGUCAGCUGUAGAGUUCCUGCUUGGCCAGCUCCACCUGUCCUGCGACCCCUCUCGUGUCCUGAUGUGCCACGCCCUGGCGGCCAUUGCCAGCCACCUGCCUGUGCUGGGCGAUGGCAUGCUCGGAGAUCUGGUCGACCUCUACAGAGUGGCCAGCCACUCGUCCACCGACCAGCAGCAAGAGCUUCUAGUUUCCUUGGCGACGGUUAUCUUUGUUGCCAGCCAGUCAUCUCUGUCAGCUGAAGUGAAGACGGUCAUCAAGCAGCAACUUGAGCACAUCGCCAAUGGCUGGACCGUCUACCGCAUCGCACGACAAGCGUCACGCAUGGGGUGUCAUGAGUUCUCCAGCGAGCUGUACCAGAGCCUCCGGACCCGCGUGGCAUCAGAACACUUCUACUUUUGGCUGAACAGCUUGAAAGAGUUCUCUCAGGCAGAGCAGUGUUUGAGUCUCGUGGAGGAUGGAGACUACAGCGGUGCCAUGAGCGCCAUUGCAGAGGCCCUGCGCUCCUAUCAGAAGGGCAUUGCUUCACUUACAGCCGCUAGCACGCCGCUCAGUCCCCUCACGUUCCAGUGUGACUUCAUUAAGCUGCGGAUUGACACCCUGCAGGCUCUGUCCCAGCUCAUCUGCACCUGCAACAGCUUGAAGACCAGCCCACCCCCAGCCAUCGCCACCACUAUCGCCAUGACCUCUGGGAACGAACUGGAAAAGUGCGGACGCAUCUCCCUGCAGAUGAAGGUUUGCAUGGACGACUUCCGAAGUCUCGCUUCCCGCUACGCCGAUCUCCAUCAGUCAUCGUUCGACGCCGACUAUGCCACACUGAGGAAUGUGGAGCUUCAGCAGCAGAGCUGUCUGCUGGUCUCUCACGUGAUCGAGGCUCUGAUUGUCAACCCACAGGCAACCAGCUUCCAGGAAUUCGGUACCUAUGGGUCGGUCCAGACUGAGAGUGAAUAUGAGCGUCGGAUGAUCUCUGUCUUCAACCGGGUGCUUGAGGAGGUGGAGGGUCUCAAUAACAAGCAUCCCCCUGUGUCCUAUCUGCACACGGGAUGUCUCUGCGAUGCCGUCAUCGCGCUGCUGAAGGUCCCGCUGUCUUUCCAGAGGUAUUUCUUCCAGAAGCUGCAGUCCACCAGCAUCAAGCUUGCUCUGUCUCCAUCGCCACGAACGCCGACUGAACCGAUCCCAGUGCAGAACACGCAGCAGCUGACUCUGAAGGUGGAGGGGGUGGUGCAGCACGGUUCCACCCCUGGGCUUUUCAGGAAGAUCCAGUCAGUUUGUCUGAACGUUACCUCGACGCUGCAGAGCAAGACCGGCCCGGACUUCAAGGUUCCUCUCGACUCCAAAACCAACGAGAUCGAGCAGCGAGUUGAACCACACAACGAUUACUUCAGCACUCAGUUCCUGCUCAACUUCUCCAUCUUGGGCACGCACUCGGUCAGCGUGGAGGCCUCCGUGGUGGACGAGAGUGGGAUCGAGUGGAAGACCGGGCCAAAGACAACAGUGUCAGUGAAAUCCAUGGAGGACCCGUAUUCUCAGCAGCUCCGGCACCAGCUGCAGCAGUCGGGAGCUCCGCCAGCCCCCCAGAGAGCUGCCUACAGUCGCUUCUAACUGCCACGUCUCUCAAUUCUGUGUACAUAGACUGAUUAAAAGACCUGAUUUUAUAAGGCUUGAUAUGUCUUCCGUGCCC